CGCAGUUGGGUGAACCAAGUUAAGAAAAAUGACGAUAAUGUGGGAAUAAUAAGGAGAGGCCAAGGAAAGCUGCAGCAUGGCGAGGACAGGCAGAGAUGCCUAGGAAGCCUAAGACGCCAGGAGGGCGGUGGAGGGGGAAGGAGGGUGAGCGCAGAGACGAGCACGGACGUCAGGAACAAAAGCUCUGGCGGAGUCUGGCGGAGGCACUAAGGGAGCAUGGGGUGUUUUGAAUAAUUAUUAAAAUUAGCAUGUGUCUGCGCCAUCCUGUGGGUGUGGCGCACAGCGGAGUGUAAACUCUGGCGGGGCUGUAGCACACACGGAUUAGCGGCAGCAGCCUGCCAGCCUUUCCCGAGAGUGCGGGGACCAGCGCGCGGCACGCCGACCGGCACGAUGGCCUCGUCUCAGGGGAAAAACGAGCUGAAAUUCGCCGACUGGAUGGCAACUCUGCCGGAGAGCAUCCACAGCAUCCCCCUCACCAAUUUAGCCAUCCCAGGGUCUCAUGAUUCCUUCAGUUUCUACAUUGAUGAAGCCUCUCCAGUAGGUCCUGAACAACCAGAAACAGUCCAGAAUUUCGUGUCUGUGUUUGGAACCGUGGCCAAAAAACUGAUGAGGAAAUGGUUAGCCACUCAAACAAUGAACUUUACUGGUCAGCUAGGGGCGGGCAUCCGUUACUUUGAUCUUCGAAUUUCCACCAAGCCCAGAGACCCCGACAAUGAACUCUACUUUGCUCAUGGUUUGUUCAGUGCCAAAGUCAAUGAAGGCCUUGAGGAGAUCAAUGCAUUCCUCACGGAUCACCAUAAGGAGGUAGUAUUCUUGGACUUCAACCAUUUUUAUGGGAUGCAAAAAUAUCACCAUGAAAAACUUGUCCAAAUGCUGAAAGACAUCUAUGGAAACAAAAUGUGCCCAGCGAUUUUUGCCCAGGAAGUUAGUUUAAAGUACCUGUGGGAGAAGGACUAUCAAGUGCUGGUCUUCUACCAUAGUCCAGUGGCUCUGGAAGUGCCCUUUCUCUGGCCUGGGCAGAUGAUGCCAGCCCCCUGGGCCAACACCACAGACCCUGAAAAACUGAUCCAGUUUCUUCAGGCAUCCAUCACUGAGAGAAGAAAGAAGGGCUCGUUUUUUAUAUCUCAGGUGGUGCUGACUCCCAAAGCUAGCACGGUGGUCAAAGGGGUGGCAAGUGGCCUCAGAGAAACUAUCACAGAAAGAGCUCUUCCUGCCAUGAUGCAGUGGGUCCGCACGCAGAAGCCAGGAGAGAGUGGCAUCAAUAUUGUCACUGCCGACUUUGUAGAACUUGGUGAUUUUAUCAGCACUGUCAUAAAGCUCAACUAUGUCUUUGAUGAAGGAGAAGCCAACACUUGAUAGUACUGUCUGGAGUGUCCAUGAAUAAGCUAGAGAAGACUCAAUGUAUUAGGCAUAUUAUCUAUAAACAGUGAUCUUCCUCUUCCACUGAGUCUCUGAAGGGAUUAGGGCUGAUAGUGGGUGGGAAAAGGGGGAAACCAUUUCUUCAGUGAUUAAAUUAUAUUCUGCAUUGUUAUAAAUAUUUCAUUUCCCACUUGAUUAGCAAAAUCUACUUCUAGUGUUAGGGAUACAAAACAACCAGUGAAUUUUGUUUUCAAAAUUAGUCUUUGUAAUGUUAACUCCUGAGUGUUUACUUCUUGCAUUUUCUAAUUUCAGCCUAGGGCUCUUCCACUCUCUAUAGCCUCUAACCUCUCUGCUGCCUCACGCUUGCUCUUUUUAAUGAGAUGCUAAAUGGGACUCAAAACAAUUGAAUGCCCAGCAUAAUGUGCAUUACAUUGUCGUACUGAAAUUUGUUUUGUGGGAUUUGGUAUAGUAUUCUGUAGUCAUCUGCAAUUGGACAGUCAUAGCUAACUUUUGGUCAUAGAACAUAUGCAUCAAAUCAGUUUCCCUGCGUCAGUAAUAUUGGAGACCAUUAUCAGUGAUUUUUGUGUUAUAUGAAAAUAAUAGUGUUUCACAGUAUUUCUAUUUAAGGCAGCUAUGAAUAUAGAGUAAAAACUUUUUUGGAAAAACUAUGAGUGCCAACUCCGUACAGAAAAACAGGAGGGCUGAGGAGAGAUAGAUGUCAUUUUAAUUCAGUAAUCGCUUAAAUAAAAUUGCCCUGCAGAUGCCCAGUAAAUAAUAAAUAAUAGCAGGUAUGUUAAAAUCAGGAAAUGAACUCUUUAGAAAAAAACCUUUCUUAGCAAUUCUCAACAAAGAAAAAAAAGGAAAGAAAAACUGCACAAACUCUCCUAUGAGAUUGAGAUUUCUAAAUAUGGAAAAUCUCAAAGUCUUAUUUAAGAUGCUUCAACUCAAAUUUUUGACUUGAAAGGAGAAAAGGAAAAAGGUGACAGAAAAAGUUAGGGCAAUGUUUGGAAACUAUUUCAAAUCACGAAGAUACAUGAAAUACACUUAGGAAAUUCUUGAAAUAUGUGUGGCCUGGGAAGGCUUGUUUAAAAUUACUACCACCUGAUCUCUUCUGUGUUCCAGCCCACCGCAGGGGCAAGAAUAAGGCAGAGGCAAAAGUUUCUACAAAGUUUCUGUGGUCUAACAUUUGAUAGUUCAGCUCUACAGGAAAGAUCAAAACACAAUUUUGAGUGUUGUUUUCUCCUUGGUGUCUUUAGAUAGUUGACAAGUCUAAAAUAAUCCUAAAAAGAGCACAAUAAUCCUUACCUAUCUGCCUCAAGUAGAAAUUGGAAAACAUUUAUAAAAAUCUAUAGAACUUCUGGUAAUUAUUAUUUUAUCUUUAUAUUUAGAAAUUAUUACACCUCAAUAGUUUCCUGGGACAACACAGCCCAUACAAAUAGAACCUUAGAGACAUAAAAGCAUGCCUUCAGCUUUUAAUUAAUUUUAAUAUAGGACUUAAGGCUUAAUUGUUUAGAACUAGAUAAGGGAGCUGAUUUCAAGAUUAUAUAAAUCAAGGUUAUAAAUAAUCAAGGGUUAAUUUCAAGAUUAUAAAUACUCAUUAUCAGAAAAUAGUACUAAUUAGAAACUGCAGGGAGGAAAUUGAAAUUGUUUAAAAUUAAGAAAAUGUUUAUGAAGAGUAUGUAGUUACCUAAGGUAGACCAAGUAGCAUGCAUGUACACAAGACAGAUACAUUGUACAAUUUCAAUCAUAUGUAUACAGCUUGCUAUACACAAUAUACCAACACAUACCAACUUCUGUGCAGGCAAAUAGAUACGACUACACACUCACACCAAUAAAGACAGACACAGUACAAUUCUUCUAAAAUGAAAACAAUAAUAUUAAAUAAUUCAACUUUAGGACUUAAACCUUUAACAGUGUGUCAAAAUGAGGGGCAAGACUUUUGAAAGUGGAAUAACUGAUCACAUUGAGAUAUUUUUGUAAAAAUAUUCUAGCUUAUUUAUAAAUAUCAUUCUUUUCCUCUUUCCACUUUCUCCUCCCUUGCAGUUUUAUUGUCUUUCUCUUUAACCUGCUCUUUGUGUGCAACUGGAUACAAUUCCUUUUUUAAAGGAUUGUAGAUUAUUAAAAUUUAUGUCUUGUAAAUUUGCUUUCAGGGAAGAUUUUCUCUCUGACUAUUCAUUAUUCAUCUCUCAGGAGUUUCUUUAGCCAGACACACUUGUAAUGACACAAGGAUUUAACUUGCGUUAAAGUCACAAAUCCUUGUAUUAAAUAUGUCAGAAAACAGAUCUUUCAACAUUUUAAUGAAAAAAUGAAUAAAAUAUAGAGGUAACUAUGUUGUAUUUUCGUGAACUUAGAUGCUUUCUUAUAAAGUUCGCUUCUAAUUAACGUUGUCAUAUUUGUCAUUUGGGUGCUGGACAAAAACAAGCACGAUAAAGGGUUAGACUGUGCAGUUUCUUAACUGGGGAAAGCUUGUAAUUGCUAUUGAUAUGCACACAGAAAUCUUGUUAGACAGAAGGUACUUUAAGCCAAUGUAUGGUUUCUACAUGGAAUGCAGUACCUAUAUAACAGGCACUGAGAGUUUGAUUUUGCCUUAAUUUCUAAAGGACGGAAAAAGUAGAAAGGAAUUGAGUGCUCCAGCUAGAAGGAGGGAAUCUCUAAGAGGGAUUUCUCGGGAAGGGCAAUGGAGAAAAGAUGCCUUGGGCUGUCUUUUGUGCAGUAGCUGCUCUAAAGCACAUUUAGGGAGCAGGCUAUGGGCCUUCAAGGGCAUAAGAGAUGAUGAUAUGCAAUCAAAGCUUACCCUCACCCUAUGCUCCUUUGCCAUAGCUGGUCAUUGUCUUUCCAGAAAGCUAGGAGCACAAGGGCUACAAAUAGAUCCCAAGAUGGUAGUAAAUGCAUCUUGGUGCACUUUUUGUUUUAUUUGUUCCUUAAGACUUUAUGUCGCAAGUCUUCAAGGCAAAAAAAAGAAAAAGAAAAAGAAAAAAACAAACAUACAAAAACUAGAAAGAAAAUCCAACCUUUACCCAAUCUACAACAGGAAAUUAAAGAGUGGGUGGGGUGGGGGAAAAUAGGCAAAAACUUUUUUUUUUAAGUUCGCUUUCCUGUCUGUUAUUUCAAAGGACCAACAUCAUGAAUACUUCUCCUGCCAUUAUCAUUUAUGUCUCCCUUAUUAUCACACAAUUAUGUGAAUACAGAGAAUGAGGAGGCACCUUUUAAAAGCCUUAGGAUAUUCUAUAUGUUGACCUCAAUAUUCGCUUUCAGCCAUACUGGGAAAACUCACUU